AUGUUACUUCACGGUUUCGCCUUGCUCUCCUUGCUAGCCCUGGUCCAACUUGCGAUAUGCGCCGAGGACUACUACAAGAUUCUUGGUGUCGACAAACAAGCCACGAACAAGCAACUCAAGGCAGCAUAUAAGAAACUUGCGGUUAAAUUCCAUCCUGACAAGCGCAAUGGAGAUGAAGAAAGCGCUCACCAGAAGCUCGUCGAGUUAUCGGAGGCAUACGAAGUCUUGAGCGACGACGAACUCCGCCAGAUUUACGACCGUCACGGCCACGAUGGCGUCAAGCAACACAAGAACGGCGGCCAAGGCGGCGGCUUCCACGACCCCUUUGACCUGUUCAGUCGAUUCUUCGGUGGCCAUGGUCAUUACGGCCAUUCCUCCCAAGAACCCCGCGGCCACAACGUCGACGUAAAGAUAAAGAUCUCUCUUCGCGACUUCUACAAUGGUGCCACGACCGAGUUCCAGUGGAACAGGCAGCACAUAUGCGAGACCUGUGAGGGAACAGGCAGUGCAGACGGCCAAGUCGAUACGUGCUCGGUUUGCGGCGGACAUGGCGUUCGCAUUGUCAAGCAACAGCUCGCCCCAGGCAUGUUCCAGCAGAUGCAGAUGAGAUGCGAUGCGUGUGGAGGUCGUGGCAAGAGCAUCAAGCACAAGUGCCCCGUUUGUAAUGGCCAGCGAGUCGAGAGGAAGCCAACGACGGUCACUCUCCAGGUUGAACGGGGUGCCGGUCGCGACUCCAAGGUUGUGUACGAAAACGAAGCCGACGAGAGCCCCGACUGGGUUGCGGGCGACCUCGUUGUUACUCUUGCGGAAAAAGAGCCGGCACCCGAAGACAAUCCCGACAAGGUAGACGGCGCUUACUUUCGCCGCAAAGGCGAUGACUUGUACUGGACGGAAGUGCUGUCCCUCCGCGAGGCGUGGAUGGGUGGCUGGACGCGCAACAUUACUCAUCUCGAUUCUCAUGUUGUCCGUCUCGGCCGCACCCGCGGCCAAGUGGUACAGAGCGGCCACGUCGAGACGAUCCCCGGCGAAGGCAUGCCCAAAUGGCACGAGGAUGGCGAGAGCCCGGGCCACCAACACGAAUUCGGGAAUCUCUACGUCACAUAUGAGGUUAUUCUCCCGGACCAAAUGGAGAAAAAGAUGGAAAAUGACUUUUGGGAUUUGUGGGAAAAGUGGAGGGCAACAAAGGGCGUUGACUUGCACAAAGAUAGUGGGCGACCGGAGCCGGCCGUGGCGCGAGAUGAGUUAUGA